AAAAAACCUUACUCCCAUACGAAACCCUAGCUCUCUCCGUUUCUCACGGUUAAAAAAGAAAACCAAAAUUGCCUUUUAUUUUCCGCGAAAUUGAACGAAUAAUUUGGGGAAAAAAGAAGUUUUGAUCGAUUAGGGAUCCGAUUCGCAGUCCGAUUCACCGAAGCCCUAAUUUUGAUUUCGGGAUUGCGGCGAUUACAAAGAUCCUUAAGGAGUCGAUUUCGUCAGAUAAAGUGAUGCAGAUCUGAAGAUGUGAUUUGAGACCUUGAGAUUUUGAUUCUGGGUUUUUUUCGUUUCGAGCUGUAUUUCAUGGAAGAUAGUCUAGGGAGCUCUGAUGCAGUGGGAGUUCCGAAGAAAUCGAGGUCGUUGGAUCUUAAGACGCUUUAUAAGUCCAGCAUUAGCAACGAUUCUGUGAGUAAGAGCUUAAAGAGGAAAAAUAGUCCUGGGAAUGAUGGUGGUAAGCAGGACAAGAGGAUCAGGAAAGUUGUUUCUCUAAGUAGCUUUAAGCAAGUGGAUAGCGAAGACGACAAGUUAGUUGAUAAUGCAUGUAAUGGCACCACGGUUUUGGAGAGCUUGGAGGACUCCAGUGUGGGGUUGUGUGAUAGUAAUGGGCUUGGUUUGGCUGGUAGUAUGAUCUAUGUGCCUAGACGUAGGAGGGAUUUUGUUGGGAGGAGUAGGUUUGAGAAUGGCCUUGUACAGAAGUCUGCUGGUGAAUCUGGUAGUCAGGAGGAGCUGCUUGAUAAGCUUUUCAAGGAAGCUGGUGAAGAAUCUAGUGCUCAGGAUCAGCUCUCUAAAGCCGAAGAGGAGGACUGUGGCAAAGAAGUAAAAGAAUCUGAUUCAGUAGCUCAGCUGCAGUUGGAAAACGUGCAUUCUGAUCCGCUUCCAGUGAAGGAUGACCAGCUGGUUGUUAAGCAAAAGCCCUGUAAUAGCAGAAAAAGGAAGUCCUCGGCAUCAAGCAGACGCGCGGGGAACAACGAGGCGAAGUCUUCAUCCGGUAGAAUAUCCAAGGUAUCACAAGAAGAUGACGAGGAGAAUCUUGAAGCUAAUGCAGCUAGAAUGCUGUCUUCGCGCUUUGAUCCGAACUGCACCCAGUUUCCUUUGAAUCCUGUUACUCCUGGUUCACCGUCUGCCAGUAGAUUGAACCCGUUAUCUUCUGGUAAGAAUUCAGCUGCUCCUCAGUCUGAGUUGUUUAGUUCCAAAUCUGUCUCAGACGACCCUGAUGAUAGAUCGUUGCGACCAAGGAGACAGCUGGAUGGGAAGAGUAAAGUUCGGAGAAGGCGACACUUUUAUGAAAUAUCAUAUUCAGAUGUGGAUUCACACUGGUUGUUAAACAAACAAAUAAAAGUUCUGUGGCCUUUGGAUGAGAAUUGGUAUCAUGGCUUUGUGGAUGGUUACGAUGGAGACAAGAACCUGCAUCAUGUAAAAUAUGAUGAUCGCGAUGAAGAGUGGAUCAAUUUACAGGGUGAAAGAUUCAAAAUCCUGUUGUUCCCUUCUGAAGUUCCUGGAAAAAAUCUAAGGAAAGGGAGCAGUUCAGAUUCCAAAUCUACUCCAAAAAUAAAAGGGAAUGAUAAAUCCAGUGAAGACGAGGAGAAGCAGAAGGUAAAGCUAGAAGAUGAUUGCUGCAUGGGCGACAUGGAGUCAGAACCGAUCAUAAAAUGGUUGGCUAGGUCUAUGCAUCGGGACAAGUCUUCCACUCUUAAGGCUGUAAGAAGAUGGAAAAAAUCAGAAAUAAUGACAUCUGAUGAACCUCUGAAAAUGAAUGGGGAUGUUGUUAGGGGCACUACAGGUCAGUACACAGAUAGAUCUGCUAGUUCUCUUCCAUCAUGUGGACCGAGUGUGAAUGAGUCCUUGUUGGAAGGCUCUGGUUUCUGUAAGAGUAGCAUAUAUCCUCUUGUCUAUUAUAGGAGACGACUUCAUACAGCAAAAAAAGGAAUCUACAAGGGGUCAGGUGAGAAUAGUGUUGAGCAGCUUCAUGUCUCAAAAUAUCCGGAUCCUGAAGUAGAAUUUUUGCCUUUCGAAGAUUCUGGGCUUCUGGAGAUUUACUGUCCGUGGAAUGACAGAGUGCCAGUUGAGUUGUCCCUUAGCCUACAGGUUGUUUCGUUGAUGAACUACUUUUUUUUGGCGGAUCUUGACCGGCUUUCACGUGUAGCACUUUUGCUUCGUCAUGGUACACUUGUGAUUUUGUGGCCACGGGUUUGUUUGGAAAUGAUUUUCUUGAAUAACCAAGAUGGGUUAAGGUAUCUAAUUUUUGAAGGCUGCAUAAUGGAAGCUGUUCAGUUGAUUUUUCAUAUCUUGACGGUAGUGGAUCAUUCUAAUAAGCAAGGAGUACAAGGAGCGGAUGCUGAUUUGAAUUCGCCAGUUUCCUCAAUUGGUCUCCAAGUUUCUUUCGUCCCAGGCUUGCAAAGGCAAUUUGCAUUUCAGUUCUACAGUUUCCAUGAAGUGAAAAAUUUGAAGUGGUCAUACUUGGAACAUAAUUUCAGGAGGCAUUCUUUGCUGGUUAAGCAAGUGUCAACUUCCGAAUGUACACCCGAUAACAUGAAGGCCAUGCAGAAGGUUAUGCAGAAGAGAUCUAGGCAUGGAAUCAGCUCAGGAUUUGUUUCUAGAAGAUCGUCAUCCGUUGAAGCCUUGCCCAUAUCUGCUUGCUACAAGAAGCAAAGCACGCCCCCAUUUGCACUGCAUUUUACUUCACGACCACCUACACUGUUCCUCAAUUUACACCUGGAAAUGGUGAGAGAGUUGGGUCAAGAUUCAGCCGAAUGCCUAGGAACUGAACGUAAUUUAGUAACAGAUGGAGGUUGUGAUCUGGCAGAUAGCGGACCAACUACCACUUCUUCCAGAGGGCAGGAAGCGCAAGAGUCAGGAGACCUUCAUGACACUCAAAGGCAGCAUCUAGGGUUUAAUUCUGAAAACGGGAUGUCAUGCAGCUCUUCUGUUGUCAGACAUAAGCACGAAACCAGGUCUAACGUUGCGAUGAAUGGCAUUAAUAUUCAAGUUCCAGUAUCUGAUCAUUCUGAAGAUGGUGCUCUGCAGUCACGUAAUCUUGCUUCGAAUAUUCAAGGUAGCACCUCAAGUCCCAAGGCCACUGCCCCAAGAAGUAUGUGGCAACGAAGCAAAAGUUCUUUAAAUGGCCAUCUCUCACAUGGUUGGUCGGAUUCAAAGGGAGAGUUUCUGCACACUAAUUUGGGAAGUGGACCUAAGAAGCGACGUACCCAGGUGUCAUAUUCAUUACCUUCUGGGGGUUCAGAUUCAAGAAACAAAGGUUCCCUGCACAAGGGGCUUCCAAACAAAAGAAUUAGAAGGUCUGCUGCUGAUGUUUCCGUACGUCGUCAGAAAGAUUUGGAGUCUAGUUUCUGUGAUGCCAAUGUGUUAGUCACUCUUGGAGACAGAGGGUGGAGAGAAUAUGGAGCUCAGAUUUUCCUGGAGCCGUUUGAUAAAAACGAAUGGAAACUUGCCGUGAAAAUAUCAGGGGCAACAAAAUACUCACACAGGGCACAUCAAUUUCUGCAGCCUGGGUCGACAAACAGGUUUACACAUGCUAUGAUGUGGAAAGGAGGAAAAGAUUGGACCCUAGAAUUCCCUGAUAGGGGCCAGUGGUUUCUUUUCAAAGAGAUGCAUGAAGAGUGCUACAAUAGAAAUACCAGGGCUGCUUUAGUUAGAAAUAUUCCUAUUCCUGGAAUCCGUAUGAUAGAAGCAGAUAGUUCUGAUGGAACAGAAGCUGAGUUUAUCCGCAGUUGUUCUAAAUAUUACAGGCAGACUGAAACUGAUGUUGAGAUGGCAUUGGAUCCUUCACGUGUUUUGUAUGACAUGGACAGCGAUGAUGAGCAGUGCCUUGCGAGAAUUCGUGAGUGUUCGGAUGCUGAGAAUAGUGCUUCUUGUGAGAUGAGUGAGGACAUGUUUGAGAAGGCGAUGGACAUGUUAGAGAAGGCUUCAUAUGUAAAGCAGCGUGAUCACUUUACCUCAAUCGAAAUUCAAGAACUGAUGGCCGGUGUUGGAUCCUUGGAAGCAAUGGAAACAACAAUAUAUGAACACUGGAGAACAAAGAGGCAGAGGAAGGGAAUGCCACUAAUCAGGCAUCUUCAGCCACCUCUGUGGGAAAAGUAUCAACGAGAGGUUAAAAAGUGGGAGUUGGUUAUGAGCAAAGCAAACACUCCAAACUCGAAUGGGUCGUCACAGAUGAAAGAAUCACCUGGUGAGAAGCCAGCGAUGUUUGCUUUCUGUUUUAAGCCUCGAGGUUUGGAAGUCAAGCACAGGGGAACAAAACACCGGUCACAUCAGAAGAAGCUAUCGGUUUAUGCUCAUCAACAUAGUACUGCUCUGGGAAAUUAUGAUGCUUAUAAUUCAUCUGCAGGAAGAAGAUGCGUUGGUCUCGCCUCUGGAGAUGAGAGGUUUGUAUAUUCAAACCACCACCACUACGAGCAUUCGGAGGAUUUUCCGAGUCAUCCAGGGACGUAUUCUCCACGUGACCUAGGCAUGGGAUAUUUCUCGAGCGGUGGGAAUGGAUGUCACCAAAACAAGUCUCAGAGAAUCAACGGGAAGAGGAACAUGAGUGAACGAUGGAAUGCAAGAGGCUAUUAUGAAUCCCCCGGUUCCAGUCUUGUUUGUCUUGAUGCGGAAGAGUUACAUAGUAGUAGUAGUAGGGAUACUGAUGAGUACAAACUGCGAGAAGCAGCUGGUGCUGCAAGGAGGGCGUGGGCUAUAGCCAAGGUCAAGCGAGAAAGAGCAGAGAGAUUGAGGUACAAAGCAGAUCUAGCCAUCCAGAAAGCUGCAGCUGCUCUCAUGUUUGCAGACGGUAGCAUGGGGAGACGGCACUGCAACGUAAAUAAAUCAUUUUAAAAAAAAAAAAUUAAAUUCUGCAACUGUUGCUGUGUUUAGUUUUUUUGAUCAGCUAGGGAACAAGGUUUGAAUUGAAUAUCAUGUUGCUAUUGUAGCGUAUAAUUACAAUAUCUUGUGUUAUUAGAAAGAUCAAAAUCAGAAUUUAAGUAAAAUGGUCUUGAAGCAUACGUUUUUAUUCAUGGCAUAUGUUAAACCGAUAGUUGUUAAUAAAAUAAGAAGGGUGUUUUCUCUUGA